GUUACCUUCUAUCCGCAUAUCGGCUUCACCUCAGGAGUUCAGGUUAUUGCUGUUCAGCAUGCAGCUUUGGGUUAUAGCGCUUGUUCUUGGGCUCCUGGUAACGGGCUCAUGGGUGCAGGGGGUGAUGCCCACCUUCAGCUUGCCUCCCUGUGAUACUCCGGAGGCUGAAGCAGCGGCUCUGGUGGCACAGGAUUUCCUUAAUGCUCAGCACACCCACGGUUACAAAUAUGCCCUGAAUCAGAUUGAGAAAGUCAAGAUCCUCUCCACGCCAGGUCAAGCAGACACGUAUUUUCUGGAGUUGGAGUUGCUGGAAACUACAUGCCACGUCUUGGAUAAAACACCAGUGAGCCUGUGUCCAGUCAGACAGAAGCAUAGUACGGCUGUUGAGGCAGAUUGUGAUUUUGCUCUGAAAAAUACAACUCAAGGUCUGUCUGUUGUGGCAUUCAAGUGUAAAACCGAAACAGAAUCAGAAGACGUCUGCGUAGGCUGCGCUCACCUCGUUCCUUUAAAUGACACAGAUGGCCUCCAACUCAUUGAAAACUCUUUAGAUAGUUUCAAUCAAAACAAUUCUCUAAACACUAAGUUUGCACUCCUUGAAAUAGGACGAAUGGCAUCCCAGAUUGUCAGCGGCGGACACAAGUACUUUGCAGAAUAUGCCAUUAUUGGGACCAACUGCACAAGUCAAGAUGAUGAUAUAUGCAUCCCUCCAGAUUACACUGUUGCUAUUCAUGGCUUCUGUCUAGCUGAAGGUUCGGCCAAUCUGAAUGAUGUUGACUGCAAAAUCUUCAGCCCAAUCCAAGCUGUGGACCCAGUAAGCAACGCCACGGUGCAAGUCCAACCACUUCUGCAUGCACAUACCUUUGGACCUCACCACAACCCCACCAUUCAUGGCCUCAAACAUCACAAGCUGACAGCACUUCAUGACCCUGCGGCAAGCGGCCUGCUCUCUGCAGAAUCUGCUGAAUCAGCUGAGGCAGUGAUUGUGCCAAAGGAAGCUCCUGUUGUAAAGAGGGAGGUUUCUGCAACAGAAGGGCCAGCAGUAGAUGCAACAGUACUGCCAGAAAAAACAUCCAUUCUUUCAGAUCCAAUUCUCCUCGUCCCAAUCUGUCCAGGACCAAAGAAACAUUUCUGACUUGUUACCAUUUCAUGAACCAACCCAUAUAGAAAAGAUUAAGUCACACUUGUUUAGGUCUCCAGACUUGUCCUGUUGAAUUCUGAGAUUGCCACCAAAUAUAUAACUGCAGUCAGUCAGGAGUAAAUGUUUUAUAACAAAACAGGUACAUGUAUAAACAAAACUAGCUUUCUUGUAAAGAAAGAAAUCAAGGAUGUCCCUGUUUUACUGGUGCUGUAAUAAAAUGUUUACCUUGACAGGAUGUCAUUAAAUAUCCUGCAUUAAGAGAAAACCUUUGAAUGUCACUGUCAUAUAAUGCUGGCUAAGAAUUGUAAAGUCAAAUUUCUGAUUUGAAAGCAUAAACAGCAAUAAACAGCAUAUUCAUAUUA